AUGCCAUUGAAUUGUGAGCUUGUACUUGACCUAUUUAAUAACGGGAAAUGCUCGGAUAUUGAUAUUGAUGAGGCCGACGAGGAUUUUUGUCCACAACCAGGUGCUACUGAAGAUGAUGCCCAUGAAAAGGAAUCUCCUCCCUCAACAGACUCAAAAAAGAGUUAUUCUAGUUUAGUUCGUAAAGAGCAUGAAGGUGAUGGUCCAUCAAAAACAAAUAAACAGAAGAAAAGUAGACCGCUCCAAUACAGUUGUGCGGGUCACAAAGUCGAGUAUAGCUCAUUAGUUUUACGUUGGCAGUGGACGGGCCCAGUAUUGUACGAUUAUGCGGGAAGCAAACUUUCACCUCCCGCGCAAAUUUUGUCCGACGCGCAGUCUGCGAGCAGGUUUCAACCUGUACACUUCGUGACUGAUUGCGCUCCCCGACUUGGCAAAAGCGAAGAAAAUGAUGACGAUAACAUACCUUUGAGUAUGCUAGCAGGAUGGCAGAAGAAGCCUUUCAAUGGCAAACCUCUUCCAGAAGAUGCUUGUCGUGACCCAGGAGAUAUUAAAACCCCAUACGAAUAUUUCGAGCGCUAUUUUACUGACGAGCUCAUGGAACAGAUGGCUUUGACCACAAAUCAAUAUUAUAUGGCCAAUACUGGAAUUACUUCUGCUGGUAUCGGUUUUUCGCAAUUUGAAGAAAUUACAGCAUGUAUGGACGUACCCAUAUUCACGAAAACAACUUAUGCUAAAGUUCAAAACAAAGUUUAUGAAAAAUGGGAGUCAGCAUCUGUAGAGUCCAUGGCGGCAGCAACUCUGCAAAUGGCUCCUAAAAAAGAUUAUACGCCUCAACAAAUGGGCUGGGCUAUUGAGGCAGUAAAAAAAGGGUUAAAAAUAUCCGAAGCAGCCAAAAAGUUCAAUGUACCAAGAAUAACCUUGCACAACAAAGUUAAUGGUAAAAGUCCGAUUGAGUGCUCAAUGGGACCCAGCACCAUUUUAAGUAAGGAAGAAGAAAACAUUUUAGAAAUCUGGAUCAAAGAAAUGUUAGAUAAACAUAUACCCGUAACAAAAGAGGAUUUAAUGGACAGUGUCCAACGAAUAAUAAUCGACAAAAAGCAAGAAACCCCUUUCGAAGAUAAUAGACCUGGCAAGAAAUAG